CGGUCUUUUCCUUGGUGUGGAUUUUAGAUUAGUUAAAAGUUGCGAAUUGUUUCAACUGCAUAGACAUAAAAAUUCCAAGGAGACCCACAUUUGACUUUCUGUGAGAAUUAAAACGUUACGCACUUUCUUCUCUCUUUCGUUGUUCCCAUUGAUUAAUGAUCGGAGAUUCACAGCCUUUCUAUUUUUGACGACUUCUUCUUCUUCGUCUUCUUCUAUAUUAUAAGGCCGUUAAUGUAGCUAGUCCUCAUUAGUUCUGGAAGAGAGGAAGUGCUUCAGCAUUUUGUGAAUCGGAAUAGGUUCUGAUAUGCAAGGAACUGUUCGAUGAUGUGAGACCUAGUUGACUACUUUUCAUUUGACUUCUUCUUGUGAGAAUAGUUGGAUAACAUGCAUUCCGCUAGUAGCUCUAUUAAUGGGCAGAAAGAUAUAAGAUUUCAGGGGCAAAGCUCUGAUUUGGCCAACAGGCAAGAUUUUGGGAUGAGUUCUGUACCGAAGAAUUUGAAGGGAAAUGACACUAUCAAUGAAUCUCAGGAUCGUGAAGCUAUGGAACUAUAUUCACGUGCUAAAGCACAACAAGAAGAAAUUCUAUAUCUUCGGGAGCAGAUUGCUCUUGCCAGUGUUCGGGAAUCACAACUCUUGAAUGAGAAAUAUGGACUUGAGAAGAAAUUUUCUGAACUACGCAUGGCACUAGAUGAGAAGCAGAGCGAAGCUAUAAUGUCCGCCUCAAACGAACUGGCCCGCAGGAAAGGUGAUCUUGAAGAAAACUUAAGAUUGGUGAACGAGUUAAAGGAUACAGAGGAUGACAAAUAUAUUUUUAUGUCAUCCAUGCUUGGAUUAUUGGCCGAAUAUGGAAUCUUUCCUCGUGUGGCUAGUGCCUCUAGUCUGACCAACAACGUGAAGCACUUACACGAUCAGCUGGAGAUGAAGAUCAGAACUUCACAUGCGAAAAUAUCAGAAUUAAACUCCAUGGCGACAAAUCAUGCUAGAGGUGGAUCUUUUGAUAUGGAGUCACCUCAUUCUAGUUCCAUAAACCAUCAACUUCCAAGUGGUUCUAUGGGAAUGCAUGAAUAUCCAUCCUUUAAACAGUACAUUGAUGGACAACAUAAUGAAGCAGUUGAUGCUGCAUCAAGAGAUGUGCAAGCCAGUAAACAUUUGCCAGCUGAAAGCUUGCUGCUCAAUCGUGAAAUGCAUCAGCAAGCAAAUAUUGGGAAUCAUUUGGGAAUCUCAGCUAAUACUGAUAGGGAUGUUCCGGGUCCCAGUAAAGAUAACUUGUUUGAUAGAAAUGGGGCGAAUGAGAUAUUUGAGGACAGCACCAAUGAAAUCCGUCAUAAUCCUCCAGUGGGAAAUGAGAUAGGUGGUUCUUUUAGUUCGGAAGGGGAAAGUCCUGGAAUAGAAGGUUUUCAAAUAAUCGGAGAAGCUAAACCAGGAUGUAAACUUUUGGGUUGUGGGUUUCCUGUACGUGGAACUUCUCUUUGUAUGUUCCAGUGGGUCCGUCAUUAUCCUGAUGGUACAAGGCAGUAUAUUGAGGGUGCCACAAAUCCUGAAUAUGUAGUCACUGCUGAUGAUAUUGAUAAACUCAUAGCUGUGGAAUGCAUACCGAUGGAUGACCAGGGGCAUCAGGGGGAAAUUGUCAGGCUUUUUGCCAAUGAUCAAAACAAAAUAACAUGUGACCUAGACAUGCAAUCAGAGAUAGAUACCCAUAUUUCUGAAGGCCAGGCCACGUUUAAUGUUCUGAUGCUUGUUGACUCUUCUGAGAACUGGGAACCUAUGACUAUAUUUUUGCGGCGAUCAAGCUUCCAAGUCAAGGUUCAUAGAACACAAGCUGUUGUAAUAGCAGAAAAUUUUUCCAAAGAGUUGUCGAUCAAAAUUCCAAAUGGGCUAUCAACACAGUUUGUUAUCACAUGUCCCAAUGGGUCUUCACACCCCUUCAGUACAAACAACGAUAUAAGAAUGCGUGAUACUCUUGUGCUGACAAUGAGAAUCUUCCAAAGCAAGGCAUUGGAUGAGAAGAGGAAGGGGAAAAUAUAAACCUUUACUUUCUGUAUAGGUGCUUUAUUUAUGGCCAUUGUCAUUCUUUAUAUGAACCAAUAAAAAAGUUAACAAUAAACAGCAGGAUUUUGAUCAACAGUUUUAGCAAUUAGGCAGAAAGGUACUCUUUUUUUUUCUUUUUUCUUUUAUUCUUUCUAAAGUUUGUAGUUGUAAACUUGUAACUCUAUACGGUGCUUACCUUUGCACCAUGUGUUGUAUCAUUGUAUUAGAUGGUUUUUUUGGCACCUGUGGCGUGACUUGUCAAUUUGUAUCCCUUUGUUGUACUUAUCAGAAAUCAGAACCAGUGGCUGAUUGAUUUUAUUGAUUAAACCAAUGAUAUCAAUUCAACUUUUGUUAAUAAA